AUGACCGAAGUAGUGCCAAGGACCGUGCUCUACUGUGGCGUGUGCACCUUGCCUCCGGAAUACUGCGAAUUCGGCGGCGCCUUCAAGCGAUGUAAGGCCUGGCUGGAAGACAACGACCAGGAGCUCUUUGCCCAGCUCUACUCGGUCGAGGCUCUCACAAACGCCGUCCAGGCCUCUUCCAUCUCCGCUGAAAAGCAGGAGGAGAUUGACCGAAAGCUCCAGAAGCAGCAGCAGAAAGACGAAGCCAAGGCCGAGCGAGAGCUGCUGAAAAAGCUGGCCUCCAAGGUCGUCAUCAAGCGAAUCGAACGAUCCAAGAGAAAACGAAUCAUCUCCGUGUCGGGACUGGAGGUGUUUGAACUCGAUCUCAAGAAGCUGUCCAAGACGUUUUCCUCCAAGUUUGCCACCGGUGCGUCUGUCACUAAAACGGCUGAUGGCAAGGAAGAAAUCGUCAUCCAGGGAGACGUGGGAGACGGAGUCGAGGAGCUCAUCACUCAGAUGCUCAAGGAAAAGGGUCUCAACCAGGUCAAGGUUGAGCAGAUCGACGAGAAGAAGAAGAAAAAGGAGUAA